CAUUUGCCAAGAAUAGCACGCACUCUCCGAUCCUAUCCAUGGAUCAUCCCAUGGGAUGGAAUGGAACAACUACUGGGCCGGGGGACGCGACGAGGGAAGAGGAAGACGGAUCGGACAGGAGGGAGCUCAACCAACCAUCCAUGUUCCUAGCUUGUUCCAUCCGUGGAAUUUAUGGUAGCAAGACCGGCCGGCCCAGAGGGAAGAGCGGAGGAGCAGCGGAGAUUUCUUCUGAUCGAUCGCCCCGUUCCCUGCCGCCGCUACCUCAUCUGAAUCGCCGCCUUCCUCCGCCGUCUACUGUUCCUUCAGGGAACAAGAGCGGCGGCACUUCAAUUUGCUAGAGCAGGAAUCGUCCUCAGGUUCUCUGUAAGCCAGCCAUUUAGGCCAGGCAGACAAUGUCAGCUUCCGAGUUCAGGAUUCCGUACCAGCAAGUUUCUUCUUCACAGCCUGCUGAGAACGCAAGUCAGUUUAAGAUUUGCCGAUGUGGGGAGGGAGACACGUCUGAAAAUGGUGACAGCCCGCCGACUUCUUGUCCUAAUUGCCAGGUCCUUAAGAGUGGGCAUCUACUACUUUCAUCGAAAGGAAUUGGAUGGACAUCAUGGAAAAAGCGCUGGUUUGUUCUUACGAGGGCAUCGUUAGUGUUCUUCAGAAGUGACCCUAAUGUGCCCCCUCCAAGAGGAGCUGAACCAAUUGUUACACUCGGUGGAAUCGACUUGAAUAGCUCCGGAAGUGUUGUCGUCAAAGAAGAAAGGAAACUUCUGACGGUGUUAUUUCCUGAUGGCCGUGAUGGGCGAACUUUCACUCUUAAGGCAGAAACCACAGAAGACCUAAAUGAGUGGAGAAGUGCAUUGGAAAAUGCUCUAGAACAGGCACCAAGUGUAGCAAAUACAAUGGGGCAAAAUCCAAUAUUCAGCACUGAUGUAGCGGCAGAACCUGCAGAAGCUCCAGCUGAACAGUUGGAGGACAGUUCUGUUAUUGGCAGACCUGCAGAAUUUGCGCUUGUGGAUGCUGAUGGCAGUCCAUCAUUUCUGGAAAAGGCCCUGAAGUUCAUUGAGGAUCAUGGGGUCAAGGUAGAAGGAAUCCUGCGCCAGUCUGCUGACGUUGAAGAAGUCAAACGCAGAGUUCGGGGUUAUGAAAAGGGGAAAAAUGAAUUCUCCCCAGAAGAGGAUGCACAUGUUAUUGGUGACUGUAUUAAGUAUGUUCUUCGAGAGAUGCCAUCAUCUCCAGUUCCCGCAUCAUGUUGCAGUGCCCUGGUUAAAGCGUACCGUAAGGGAACUGACAAGACAAGAAGACUUGAUGAGAUAAAUAGAGUGAUAUAUGAAGUUUUCCCAGAACCAAAUCGACAAUUAUUGCAGAGGAUUCUUAAGAUGAUGCAAAUCGUUGGGUCACACAAAGCUGUAAAUAGGAUGUCUCAAUCUGCUUUGGCGGCUUGCAUGGCACCACUCCUUCUUCGACCUCUUCUUCUUGGUGAAUGUGAAGUCGACAAUGAAUUUAGUAUGGGAGGGGACGGUUCAUUCCAGCUACUUCAAGCUGCUGCAGCUGCAAAUCAUGCUCAAGCUAUUGUUAUCAUUAUGAUGGAGGAAUUUGAUCAGAUAUUUGAUGACUUGGAAGAUGGCUCCUGUUCUUCAGACGCUUAUACAGAGUCUGAGGAUGAUGACGUUGAUAAGGAAUAUUCCACAGAUAACGACAUCCAUGAUGACGAUGGUUCUUAUGACUCUGGUGAAGAUGACAUUGAAGAAGACUUGGAUGACAAUACUGAGCACUACUCUGAUGGCAGUGAACAUGACACUAAGAUCAAUGCUAGUGACAAGGUAAAAAACAAUAUUUCAGAAACUGCAGGUAACUAUAACCAGUCUGUUCUAAAAGCAAGAAUAGAAAAUGGUGCAUCAAGGGAAGGUACUGAUCAAAAUUCUUCUGCUCCACUUAAUUCAUUUUCCACAAAAGUUGCACAAGUGGAGGAUACCUCUCAAAUGGAUAUCAAUAGACGAUCCCACCCGAAACAGGAGUCAUGUGGAUCAAAUGAAUCUAAAGGUCACAUGGUAAAAUCAAAUUCUCGUUCAUCAGCUUCCAAACAAAAAUCUAUGGAGAAAUCAAGCAGCUCAGGACACAAGGGCAAAAAAACUUUAUGGGGCCGUACUUCGGCAAGAAAAGACCUGUCAACAGAGGAGAUUGAAUACGGCGGUGAUGAUGAGACUCUUAUUGAUAAACUUGAGAACAACAAGACUGAUCUCCAAUCAAAAAUUGCAAAGGAGGCCAAGGAAAAUGCAAUCCUCCAGGCAAGUCUAGAAAGGCGGAAAGAAGAACUACGUGAGCGCCGUUUAGCACUUGAAAAAGAAGUUGAAAAUUUGAGAGACCAGCUACAGAAAGAGAGAAAUUUGAGAGCAUCCAUGGAGUCUGGGCUGAUGAAUUUGCGAAGAGGGCAGGUGUCCUUGCCGUCAACAAUAGACAGCAAGACUAAGGCUGAUCUCGAGGAAGUCGCGACUGCUGAAUCUGAUAUUAUGAACUUGAAGCAAAAGGCUUCUGAUCUUCGUGGGCAAGUCAGUGGCCAGCAGCUGUGCUGUGAAUCAUGCAACAAACGGCUCCUAAAUACAGACAGGACUGGCGGACCUGAAAGCUCCUCAGUGGAAGCAUCAUCGAUUGUCAGGAGUGAUUCUGCAUCUGGCACGGGUGAUGUUGAGCAAUCAAGGAAGCAGACCACGCAGGGUUCACCUUCUUCAGCAGACAAGCCAGGUCAGGAGGCGGUCGGGAGUAUCAGCCAGAGGGCUCCUCAAAGGAUGCAAUCGAUUGCCAGGGAGGGCCAAGACGGGUCGUCAUCUACGUCCAAGUGGACUUUUGCGCAGAGACAAUAUGCAACCAGUCCGCUGAUAAGGGAAUCUGGUGGAAGCGCCGCACCAGCAGCGUCGUUUGCAUUAGCCAAGCUGACAAACCGACUCAACUUCCUAAAAGAACGGAGGGCACAGCUGGCAAGCGAGAUGCAGAGCUUGGAUCUGGGUCGGCCCCCGGCUACCGCCGCCGCCGCUCCUCCAUCAGUCAAGUCCCCAAGCCCAAAAGGGCCUGAGAAGAGGAAAAGUUGAGAGUCUGAUGUUGAUCUGUUCCUUGUGUUGAGCUGAAUCUGAAUGUAGGCCAAUGCUAAGCUAGUCUAUAUCUGAACCAACAGCAGUGUAAUUUGUGCGCAGGUCCAUCCGUCCAAGUCUGUACAUGUUUCCACAGAUUUUGUUGAUACAAACUUGCAUAUUCACGUAGAUAUGCAUUGAACGCGUCUGCAGCUAGGCAGGCUGUUCCGUUGGAUUCAAAGUUGGAAACAUAUUCUAAACACAGGAUGGCACAUAUUCUAAAGCUCAAA